UAUACUUCCGUGUACGUCUUGGCUAACCGCACACUCUCCACCAAGUAAUUCUUAACGAAUUAGGACUGAUCGUACUGAAGUCUUGACGCAGAACGCCACAUCGCCACUUUACUGCAAUAAAAAACAGCUUUCAAUAUUUAUUCGUGUUCUGAUAAACUCGUCUCGGUGCACGCGGUUGAAGCUUCCUGGCCUAGCCUAGUUUAGCUUUAGCUUGCUAGCCGCUAACAAAGAGACGCGUUGGUCGGCAACACCUCGCUCAGCGGAAAUUAAGCGUGAGUGUAAAGUGUUGUGAUUAUCGUGGGGAAAUGUGUGCAAAACGUGUGAAAGAAGAGCAAGAGGAGGAACUUUCUCGGACAAAAGAGGAACACGAGCCAAAACGUCAACCACAGGACGCUGAUUUCAAGAAGCUUCGAGUUGUGUUACACGGAACAGGCGUCGGCGAAGAACGUCUUCAUCCGGAGCAGCGGGAGCCGGAGGCCUCUCAUAUUAAAGAGGAGGACGAGGAGGUUGACGUCACCGAGUUGCCGUUGAUCGGUGUCGCGUUGAAGCCUGAAGAAAAUGUUCCGAGCGAGGAGAGUAGAGGCCCCGAUCGUCCGAGCAGCAGCUCGAGUCACCGCGUGACAACAGAAGGCGGUGGAGACCACUGGGGAGCAUCGAAAGCACACAGCCUCUUCGCGCCACUGUCAGAUAGUGACAACGUGUCGUCGCACUCUCCUGACACUGAUGACGAUGAGCCCUCUAAAGGUGACACGGCGAGCUACGUUGACGACAAACACCGACAAUGUUCUCAGUGUGACAAAACGUUUUUCAACAAGUCGUCAUUGAAAAGGCACAUGAGAACGCACACUGGGGAGAAACCUUUCUCCUGCUCAGUGUGCGGUCUUAUAGUCAAUCAGAAGUGCAGUUUAACAACUCACAUGAGGACGCACACUGGGGAGAAACCUUAUGUCUGCUCAUUUUGCGGUCAGAAAUUCUCCGAAAAGGGAAAUUUAAUGAAACACACAAGAAUACACACUGGGGAGAAACCUUACGUCUGUUCGGUUUGUGGUAGAAGCUUCUCCGAAAAGGCGAGUUUAACAAGCCACACAAGAACGCACACCGGGGAGAAGCCUUUCGCCUGCUCCUUUUGUGGUCAACGAUUCUCUGAAAAGGGAAACUUAAGAACCCACACAAGAACCCACACUGGAGAGACACCUUUUGUUUGUUCAGUUUGCGGUCAACAAUUUGCUUGGAAGGGACUUUUAAAUGCACACUUAAGAACACACACUGGGGAGAAACCUUACGCCUGCUCGGUUUGUGGUCAAAAAUUCUCCGCUAAAGGGAACUUGAGAAUACACACAAGAACGCACACGGGCGAGAAACCUUUUGCCUGCUCAGUUUGUGGCCAAAAAUUCUCUGUAAAGGCAACAUUAAGAACACACACGAGGACACACACGGGUGAGAAACCUUUUACCUGCACGUUUUGCAGUAAAAGCUUCUCUGUAAAAGGCAGUUUAAUAAGCCACACAAGAACACACACCGGGGAAAAGCCUUUUGCCUGUUUAGUUUGUGGGAAAAUAUUCACGCAGAAGGUACAUUUAACAAGACAUGCGAGGACACACGCAGGAGAGAAACCCGGGACUGGUUCAGUCUGCAACUUUAGUGCGGGAACGAAAGAUCUUCGCCGUGAAAAGCUGGAGCCGGAGGCCCCGAACAUCAAAAAGGAAGAAGUGGGGCCGAAAGAUGAAGAGGAGGAGGAGGAAAUCAGCAAGUUUCCAUUGACCGUCGUCACUGUGAAGAGCGAAGAUGACGAAGGCGAAGCGAGGAGAGCCGAGGGGACGAGCCGCCGGGCGGCGGCGAAGGUCCACGCGUGACAACGGAAGCUCGUGAAAAGCGCUGCGCAGCGCCUCGAUCGGGUGAAAUGAACGUCACGCUCUCCUGACGCCGAUGAUGAGGAUGAAAUGAACACUCUGAAGGUGUGAGGCCACGAACAACUUUCCAGUUCUUUUUGUUUCAUAUUUCGCCAAAUUCCUUGUCUCUUCCAGAGGUUUUUUUUUCUCAUAUGAAUUUGUGUUAAAUGUCGAAUGUUGUGAUUUAGUAUUUUAUACAGUCGUACCUUGCCUUACAAAUCUAAUUGGUUCCAAGCUUCUAAGACAAUGCGCUCGUAUACAUCGAAUCCAUUUUCUGCAUUGAAAGGAAUUGAAAUGCCACCGUUCCCUUCCAGACCUCUCAAAACACAAUUAUUUGUUGUUUGAAAUGAAGGGGAAAAAGCCCAAAUAUAAGUAUAAGUGCAACCCCCCCCCCCCCCCUCCCCCAUUUAACAUUUGGACAUUUUCUGUUUCUGUCUCGUCUGAAAAUUGGGUGAUGAACACAAGCCAUCGUGCUGUUUUCAAUUGCCUUGCAAGUGCUCGGGAUACACGUCCCAAAUCAACUCCUGCUUGUGUGUUCAGUGAGCGAGAUAACAACUCGUCCCUUCACCGCUAUCAGUACGCAGCAAACAAUGUCUGCGCUCUUACUUCUGCGCGAUGUGCUGGGUUAAAUCAAGUCCUUGCACCAAGAAGAUCUGCUUCUGCGAGCGGACGCACGCAGUAUUGAAACUGUUAUCCGGUAAAUCCGGGUAUUUUCAUCGAGGUCAAAAACCUUGUCAGCGCCCCUUUGCUCAAUCGACGGGCGAGAUAUUUGCAGACGGGUGCUUCCUUCACUCGAUUCGCUCAUCGGACUCCGCGUGCGGCCAUUUAACGCAGUGAAAGGUCAAGUUACAAACAAAUGACCUGCUCGCUCAUCUCCGAUUCACGAUGACACUUUUGUUUCUUCUUUCUCGAGCUGCACUGCAAAUCAUUGGAACGAUGAACAUAAAUUGAAGAAUGUUUACCUUUGGUGUCUUCUGCAUUGUGUUGAGAUUCCACACUUUUGUUUCCUCGCUUGGUAUCUUGUCGCGUUCUCUGAGAGAGGAGCAUCCUACUUGGAGAUGAUGUCCCAGGUGUAUACAGGUACGUCGUUCCCGAGAGCUGUAUGUAUUUGCUAACCUUCUUAAAAUAAACAACCGAAGUGAACCUCAAAUGACAUGUUGUCUCGUGACCGCUGCAGGAAGUUGCAGAUUUCGCCGUGAGGUUUGGCAGCGUUAUAAACCCCUCAGGGGGUUUUUUGGGGGGGGGGGGAGUUGUGCUCACUUGAGAGUUUGGAGAUACUGUAGGUGUAGUUCAGAGAGAGAGAGAGAGAGAGCGCCAUUUUUUAAGAUGUAAUCUUACUCUCCGGAUUCUUCUGUGCCUCGCGAAAGGGUGUUUUGCAAAGCCAGAGACGUUGUGUCCAAAAAAACAACAACAAAAAAGAAGAAGAACCACUUCAAACCAAACACGAAUGAGGAACUUCUUUCGGAAAAACAGUGCAAACUUCACGCUGCCUGCUGAACAUGCCAUUCUCCAAAAGGGACGGAAAAACAUGACACAACCCUGGAAUAUCACAUUCCAUUCUGGGGAAACAUAUUCGACAGCAGGUGUCAAACUCAUGGCCCGGGGGCCAGAUCCGGCCCGCCGCACCAUUUUAUGUGGCCCGCGAAAGCUAAUGAAAUGCAUCAACUUGCGUAGAAAUCUGGACCAAAAAUGUGCCGCGGAAAGAAAUGUGGAGAUGUGGCGAAAGCAUUUUAUGGGUUAGCGAACACCU